AAAAUGCAAUAUGGAUCAAACCUCGGCACCUCCCAGGGCUCCAGAAGACCCCAGGAGGCCCCAGUUCGGCGCUCACGAACUGUCCGUCACUGCAGUAGCUCCUCCGAGGGGUUCCAGUCCCGCGAAGCCCCCGGUCGGUCGUUUGUUCCGAAAGGGCCUAGACGCGGCCAAAAAGACGAUGUGCAACAGUGCAAACCCGCGGAUAGUGAAAGUGCUGCUGCUGGUCUGCUGCAAACCAGAAGAUGACAGCUGCUGGUGCGGUGUGCCGGUGCCGCGGAGGGGAGGCGAAUAAGGCGAUAACGCACACACAUCCCACUCUCAGGUCAUCUCUCCGUCCUUACAGGAGGAGGAGGCCAGGCUUAGGCUCACUCUCACUCUCACUCUCACUCUCACUCUCACUCUCUCCUCAACUCUCCGUCUCCUCACUUACUCUCCCACAUUUUUCACUCUCUCAUCCUUCAGUCGUCCAGACCCUUUCGCGGCUCGCCGUACGGAUACCUUCACACACAACAAGGCGUGCGUGUGUGUCUGUGUGUGCCACUUACACGCUCAAUAUCCAAUUGCAGACUGCAGCCGUUGUCCCUCCUGAUCGACCACAUCAAGGAAACCUGCCACCCCUCCUCGCCGCCGCAGUCCGUCAUCUCGCAUUCUCGACCCCCAAAGGACCCGGGAGGAUUCUCCCGUUGAGAGGAUGUGACCGCCUUGUUUUUUUUUUUCUCAUUCUUCCAUCGGGCUGCCCGCGGUUUGCUCCCCAAAUUAAAUCUUCUGCCCGGUCGUCUUGGCCUCGCACCUCCCCGCUUCGAUCGCCAUUGCAUAACGGAGUAGAUCCAGUGUCAUGAUCUGAUCUGACCAUGGCACCCACAUGAAGCGAUCCAUCUCAUUACUCAGCUCUAACCUAACACUGGUCCCUUCUCAACUUCGCAUCGUGGCUUUUUUCUUGUUGUUGGUCUUUUUCUUCUCGUCCUCACGGCUGCUCUGGGCGAGAUACCAGUGUCUCCAGCAUGGUAUACUGCGGUAAGCCGUCGAAAGGCUGUUCCAAUUGUCGUGAGCGUAAGAUCAGGGUAAGUUCC